AUGCUGGUAGCCUGUACGAAGAGAGCGUGCAGAGCUGGCCUGGUUGCAGUCUUGGUCACCGCACUGUGCGUCCUCACUCUUCUCGAUUCGCCGCCAAGACUCCCGGAUCCUCCAGCAGAUCCUCCUCCCACGCCUGGUGGCGAACCACCAGGUACAAGAAGCAUCGUGGCGUAUUCGUGGGCGCGAAGAUUGGCACUCGAUUACAGAGCUUCGAAGGAGUGCGACGGUGCUAAUGGAAGGAAUGAAACGACUUUAGAAAUGGCGUUGGAAAGGACUUUGGACGCGUUCGAGUUAACCGCUAUAAGGUGGCUUGAAACGAUUCCUCGACGUCUCUUCCUCUAUAGCGGCCACUUGGAUCUCAGAGUGGCCGGUUAUCCAAGUCUUCGAGUGAUCGCCGUCAAGCAUGGACCUCUACCGACCUCUUCCCUCUUCUGCACCGUUUGGUACGAGGAAGAGCAAGGAAGGAUACGCAGUUAUAGCAUGGAGGCUCUAGUUUCGCCGAUAUGGUUGGAAGAGUGGGGUGAAGAGACAGACAGUUACACGGGAAUUCUAGUGUCCUGUCAGUUACCGUCGUUAGAAGGAUCAACGGCGUAUCCUUUGCGAGUUUACGUCGGUUCUACGUCCUGCUACGAAAAUCCUAGUCAUAGUUUAGCCAUAUUUAGGGACAACGUAACAGAUAAUAACGAUGACGACAACUAUGAAAACGAUAGUUCGACGAAUAAUUCCAAGAGAUUCACAUUAUGCAUCAAGGGUCUCGAUUUCGACGAAGAUAUUUCGGAAAAAUUAGUGGCAUUCGUUGAAUUGCAUAGAAUCUUAGGUGCUGGAUUAUUUUAUUUCUACGUUUUUGACGUUCACGAAAAUGUAUUAAAAGUAUUGAGACUUUACGAAAGAUCUAACGUAGUACGGUGGUUCGAUCUUACAUUACCAGGUGAUUUACCCAAGGAUAAAAAGAAUAGAAGAGAAUUUUUCGAUCAGGAUAUUUGGACCAAGAGAAGAAUGGAAUUGAUACCGUACAAUCAUUGUUUCUACGAGAACCUACAUAGGUCGGAAUUUGUGGUACCAAUAGACGUGGACGAGGCUAUCGUACCAAUUAAAAGAAAAAGUUGGCACGGUUUGAUCUCGGACGAGCGUAGAAAACUCGGUGAAAGUUUCGAAGAGUUUGCCUCUUACUCCGUUAGAAACGUAUACUUUUUCCCGGAGUUGCAGAACAAAAGUAAAUCCGUGAGUUUCGUCGAUAAUCCAGAUUAUCUGGACACAAUUAGGACUUCGAACGUUUCACCGGAAGGUGAUUCGGUAAAGAGUUUUGUUUCGACUAGGCGUGCAUUAACCGUGCACAAUCAUUAUGCUUUAAGCACGUUGAAUCCAAGUACGAGAAGGGCUCAUCACGUGGAUCCUAAUGACGCCUUGAAGCAUCAUCAUCGUGCAUGCGACAGCAGACAUCUCGAUUGCGAUCUUCUUAUGGAUGACGUUCAAAUAGACGUAUCUGCUCUGCGUUAUGCGAACGAGCUCAAGGCUAGAAUGAAAGUCACUUUGAACGACUUGAAUGGCCAUCUCGAUUAAUAAAUAAAUUCGUUACGGUGAUAAUAUCAAAAAGAUAUUAUUAUAUGACGAUCAUUCUCCAUCCUUAUGAAUCUGUGAUACUUCAUUUGAAACCUAUAAGCAUAAAAAUGAAAGAGAUAAAGAAAUAGAAAUAAGUAUAACAUCGAUCAUAAUCCAUGUGCAUGAUCGACGUUUUCAACAAUCAUUUCUUUCACCUAUCAUUUUCUUGUUCUCUCUUUUUAUUUCUUUUCUUUAC